AUGUCGCGUCUAUCAACACCACUGGUUGUACUCACCUUCGCUCUGUUGUUCGCCGCAACAGUGGCAGCAGACGACAAAGUCGUGUGCUCCACAGACCCCUACCAACAGCACGACGCACCCCACGACGAGUGCAAUGGAUUUCGCUACGUCCCGAACCGUCUGCUCAAUAUCAUCGCAUGUGGUGCAUACUCCUUAUGCGGGCUCAUCUUCAUCUUCAACUUGCUCAUCUUCCGCGGAUGGUACUUCCUUGCCUUGCUGAUCGGCACCGGCAUGAUGGCGGGCGGUAUCGCCAUCCGCGUCCUCUGCCAUGACCGCCUACACUGGGACAUUGGAUUCGGACUACAGCAGCUGCUCAUCAUCCUAGCACCGUGUCUCCUCAUCGCGUCCAACUACGUCCUCUUUGGCCGUAUCGCGGGCCACAUCAAUGCCCGGAGACACAUGUUCAUCCCUCCUCGGGCCGUGUCUUGGAUCUUUGUUCUGUCCGACAUUGGCACAUUCUUCGUCCAGGGUGCCGGCGGCGGAUUGUCGUCCAACAAGGACCCCAAGCUCCAGCGCGUGGGGCAGAAGCUCCUCCUCGCCGGACUGAUCGCGCAACUGGUCAGCUAUGCCAUCUUUGCGGUGCUGUGGUUCGUUUUUACUCUGAGAGUCCGCCGGGACGAGGCACUCUGGAGCCACCCAGGGUGGAAGCCCAUCAACUACGUCCUGGGAGUCAACUGUGUCUGCUUCCUCAUCCGUAACACCUUCCGAAUGGUCGAGUUCUCGCAGGGUUGGCACGGCUACCUCGCCACGCACGAGGCCUACUGGGCCGUCCUCGAAUGCGUGCCCGUGCUCAUCGCCAUCUCGCUCUUCACGUGGUUCUGGCCGUCACGCAUCCUCACCGAGGACUCGCGGCCCCCCACCCGCCCCGGAUCUGAGUUUAUCCCGCUCACUGGCCCCAAGCCUGAGGGACUGGAGCUCGAGGAGGGUGAGGUCGACGAGGUAGACGCUCCGGCGCCGGUGCCCAUCCCCGCGUCGGUCGUCGCCGGCUUGCCGACCAUCCUCCCCGACGCCGACGACGACGCUCCCACACCGCCAAACUCGCUCGCGUCCCUCGCUCAAGGCCGCAAAAAGGUCCUCAUGCUCUGCUUCUGCCUGUCCCAGUUCAUCGACUCGGCGGGAACGGCUGCCGCAUUCCUAAUGACCGCGCCGAUCGCGUCCUCUCUCCAAAUCGAGCAGGGCAACCAGCCGUGGAUCCUCACGUCCUACUCGCUCUCGUUUGCCGCCACGCUGCUGUUCGCCGGCCGCCUCGCAGACCUGUACCCGCCCUCCAUCGUCUAUGUCAUCGGGUUCCUCGGUCUCGGACUGUUCUACCUCGUCAUUAGCUUCGUCAAGGACCAGUACACUUUCUUCGUGCUCCGUGCGCUGUCCGCCGGCGCGGGUGUUCUCGCCAUCCCCACGAGCGUCAACAUGAUCGUCCAAAUGUUUCCCGAGAGCACGCAACAGGCCAAAAUGCUCUCCAUGUUCGGCAUCUCCGGCGCCUUGGGAAACACAUCCGCGUUUAUCCUUGCUGGACUGUUCCUCCUCCUCGACUGGCGAUGGUACUUUCGCUUCAUCGCCGUCCUCGUCAUCCCAUUCGCAGUCCUUGCGUUCGUCCUCAUGCCGCCGACUGAGGCUGUCGCCAAGAGCGCCAGCGCAAAGGAGAAGUGGAAGCGCAUGGACCUCGGCGGCGUCUUUAUUCUCAUGGCUAUGAUGGUGCUCUUCAUUCUGGCGUUCACACAGGCGACUGUCGACGGCUGGAAGAGCGCAAUCUUCAUCGCACCGCUCGUCAUCUCCAUUGUGCUUGUGCCCGUGUUCGUGGUGUGGGAGCGCACCAGGCCAGAAGGCUACGCCCUGCUCCCGCGCAACAUCUGGUCGUUCCCCAACAUCUUUCCGCUCAUCCUGCUCGCUGGCAGCGGCUUUUUGUGGUUCUCGACGUACCAGCUUGGCGUGGCCACCUGGUUCCAGGACGAGCUGCACGACUCACCCAUCAUCACCGCCGUCAAGAUCCUCCCCAUGGGGAUCAUUUCCAUUGCUGUCGGACCCGUGUUCCACUGGUUCCCGAGCCUCGUCCUCAAGCCGCGCUUUGUGCAGCCAAUCGCCAGUCUGCUCAUGUUCACGGGGAGCAUCCUGCUGGCCUUUUCGAACGGCGGCCGCCACAUGAGCGACUACUGGAAGUACAUCUUCACCGGCGGUAUGAUUGGCACCGCGGGCGAAAUGACAAACUACAUUGGCACCAACACUGCCAUCAUCCAGUCAUUCCCGCGCGAGUUUGCCGGCGUCGGCGGGAGCUUUGCAGCGGUCAUCUACCAGAUUGGCGGGGUGAUCGGCAUCGCGGUACAGGGGGCACUGCUCCCCACUGGCGGCGGCGUCCCUGGACACGUCUGGGCAGGCUACGCUCACGGGUACUACUUCACCUCGGGAGUCAUGGUGGCCAUUGGGCUGCUGUUUGUGGUGUGGUUCAAACCGGAGAAGAUGCCGAAUGUUGAGAAGGACGAGGAGGGGGCGAGCGAGGAGCGCGGGGUUGCCCAGCUGCCCAGCGACCGGCCGUGGGCGGAGAAGACGACCGACGCGUGCAACCAGCUGCGCUACAUCCCAAGCCAGUACGGCGCGGGCGUGUGUCUCGGGCUUUGGCUGCUCCUGGCGCUCGCAUACACAUGCAACACCGUCGCGUGGCCGUACUACCGCCUGCUCCCCGCCAUUCUCGGCGCGUGGGCCUUGUGUGGCGGGCUGCUCAUACGCACGCUGUACCAGGCAAGACCGCACUGGACGGGCGGGUUCGCGUACCUCCCGCGCAAGUGGAGCACUCGAAAGGUACUGCACGUCUUCCUGUGGACCGACGCCCUGUGGCUGCUCCUCCAGUCCCUUGGCGGGUUCAUCGGCUCGCUCGUCCCAUCCGGCGCCCGGGCCACCGGCGAGGCAUUCUACCUCAUCGGCCUGCUGGGCCAACUCGUCUCCCUCGUCCUCUUCGCGACACUCUACACCGCGUUCAUGCUCCGCACGCGUAAAGACAGCCGCCUGUUCGCCGACGCCGCGUCGUGGCGCCCGCUCGCGUACGCGCUCGGCUGGGCGCUCUUCUGGCUCCUCCAGCGCACGGCGUACCGCACCGUCCUCUUCCGCGGCGGGUAUAAAGGAUACCUCCGCCACCCAGACGCCCAGUUCCUCGCGCUCGACGUCGUGUCGCUGUGGCUUGCGUUCGUGCCGCUUGCUUAUUGGUGGCCCGCGCGUGUGUUGGGUGCUGCCAACCGUGCUCCGCCGGUGUAUGACCCCGAGGGGACCACAGCGGCGGUGCAGACGACGGUGUCACUCGCGUCUGUGGUACCGAGUGUUGUCGACGACACUCCGCCGAUGCCCCCUGGGUUCAUUUACAAGACCAGCCCAGAGUACCAGCAGCGUGUGGACGAGCUCCGCGCAGAGAUCAAGCGCCUCGAAGACGAUGCCAAACACGCAGACGCGCUCGCCAAGGCCAAUGCCGCUCGCACCCCGUCCACUCGCAAGGCGGCCCCCAAGUGCUAG